UAGAAAAUAUACAGUAUUAGCCUAUAGUUUCGUUUCUGGAGUGGGGAGACUGAAACCAAAAAUCUCAAUGGCUUUCUUAUGCAAUAAUUCUCUCUUCUCUCAGCUUCGAUCCCAUGCUCAGAAAACAAAUGAUUUAUCACGUCAACUGAGGCGAGGAAUACACACGGAGCUAGGUGCUCGCGAGAAGGCCCUAUUAGCACCAGACCCUGCUCUAGAUCGAUUUAAAUCAUACAAGAAAGAUGUGAAGCGUGUUAAGAGGAUAGGAGAUGUUCUCACUGUUGUCGUUGUUGCUGGUUGUUGCUAUGAGUUAUAUGUGAGAGCUACAACGUAAAAAGAGGCUAGGAGUUGAGCUAGUUGAAGUGCAUAAUGAGCCAUUUUUCUAUUAUUCAUCCGCGCUGUUCUACAUUUCAAUAAACCAUAGAAGCUAUUGGUGGUGGAUCGUUCUAGGUUGUUAACGGAAGAUAAUGCUAUUGUAAUUCGAAUUAUUUGGCGGCUGAUCUCAGCCAUUGUUGACUUGAAUUAUGGGUUGUUCUCCUUGUUUGAUGGUUUUAAUAAUUUCAGCAUGAAAUGGUUGUUUCUUUUUGGGAAAUUAAAACCCAGAGAAACUUUCUUGGAAA